AUGCCAGCUGUGGUGGUCAGCAACCCACCCGGGCAGAAUGGGAUUGGUCGACACUUUGACAAUAUGUCGACAUCGCAGAUUAAAGCUCAGAUGGUCGAGGUUGUCCAGCGGGAAUCGAAGGGAGCAGGAGCACUAGCCUUAAUCAAAGCAGCCCGCCACCAAGUCGUUGCCGCGCGCGACCAUGAGAGUAGGGGUGACCUCAAGAAUGCAUUGGCCUCAUAUACAAAGGGCGUAUCGUUGGUUAAAACCGCACUCGACUCUACCGAAUAUAAGCGGGAAGCACACACGGGGUUGGUUCAUAAAGAGUGCGCCGAGUUUCAGCGGACAUAUAGUGCAGAUAUGACGGCCCGAAUGACUGCCAUCGAGGAAAAGCUGAAGGCAAUGGAAAAACUGGAUGAGAACAAACCAGUCCGGGUUGGGGGCAUCCAAGAAAGGAUACAAGCACUCAAGAACAGCGGUCUCAACUUGGCCACGGAGCGCAGAGUUGCGCCAACACCAUCAUCACCAAUGUCUACCACCCACACUAUCGUCUCUCCCUCUUCGUUUGGUCCACCAUCUCCGACUUCGACCCCGUCCUCCUCACCAGUGCAAACGUAUACUCCAGCCAUACCAAUCGCUCCCCCGUUGACCCCAUCUCGGACACUCAGUAUCUCCAGCACAGAAGCAAAGUUCCCCUCCAUAUCUGAACUUGACGAGACAUAUCCGGCACCACGAGAUAUUCCCGACUACAACUUCCUUCCCAUCGACCGACCGUCCAGUACUCCAGUAACCCCAACGGUCAGCUCCCCUCUAAUCUUUCUCCUGCAAAGCCUCCGUUACCAAAGAACGGAAGCGUUUUUCCAAAAAGACCUGCAGAACUAUCUUCGCGACUUCAAUGUUCUACUUCUCGAUGUGCGGAAUCGGGGAGACUUCGACAAAGCUCACAUCAAAGUCGACGCUGUUGUCUGUGUAGAACCAGUCGUCCUCACACGGCCGGGGUUGACCGCUCAAGGAUUGGAAGACAGCAUGGUUGGAGCACCAACGAAGGAGACGACCAUGUUCAAGAAUCGCGACAAAUUCGAUCUAGUCGUCCUAUAUGACCACUCAUCGACCACUCUUGCUUCACAGCCUAUGACUACUCUUUUUAGCCUGAUAUAUGAUCAAGCAUUUACCAAGAUGCUCCGCAAUAUGCCAAUGCUGUUAGUUGGUGGGCUCGAUGCAUGGCGUCGUGAGAUGGGUGACGAUGGGAUAGCCGGCUCGCCUCCAUUGAAACCACUCUCCGCAUCGGUGCCUUCACCACCCAUCAACGGCAAUGGCCUGCUCAACGGAUUUACUCCAUCUGCGACCAAUGCUAGUCAGAUGACCAAUGGAUUUUCGAGCACAAGUGGUAACACUUCUUCGGACCCACAUCAACUGUGGAACCCUCGUGCACGAUCAGACACCAAUCCUCCGCAACCACCCACCCUUCAACACCGACAAAAUUUCUCACUCGAUCAAUCACACUCCUUCGGACACUCAAGGGCCCCCGCUGAAAUAUCGUAUCCUCAAUCGUCCAGUCUCACCAGGAGGCCGGCUGUAACAAGAGCUAGCCCGUCUUCUCUGCCACAAAGUAUACCCGAAAAUUCAUCUUCAAUGCCUCCUGCCAUUGGUAGCAUUACUUACCCUUCAUUCGCCCCACGAAUGACAUCUUCACCAUCCCUCCCUGCAGCUUCAUCUUUGACAUUUGCGUCCUCCUCAAAUAUCUCCCCGGGGCCCAUCACUUCUCCCCCACUGGCUUCGAUUAAUCCCUCCCUUUCACGACGACGGAGCGACUUCAUCGACCAGUCCAUGGAAACUUUGUCUCUCCAAAGACAGUCGAUUGACUAUCCUCCCUCAAGCAUGCAUAACAAUAUCCACGUGAUAAGACCACCACCGGCCGUUGCAUCCCCGGCCGAACGUCAAGAACGAGCGACUCCACGUUCGUUGGCACAUGCGACCGGAGGUGACGAUGGGCCACCCCGAAUUAACUCGGAUUAUCCACCAUCGUUUUGGCCGAUCGCUUCUAUGAGGACUUCAGGACUGAAGAAUCUCGGCAACACCUGCUAUAUGAACGCCCCAAUACAGUGUUUGACUGCAACUUUCCCCUUCGCUCAAUUCUUCACGAUGGGACGCUGGCGGAAUGCUGUUAACACUGUCAACCCAUUAGGCUCCAAGGGCUUAUUGUCUGGCUCCUUCGCAAGCCUAAUUCAUGCCAUGUGGAGUGGUGAACUGCCCUACAUAAUACCACUGGAUUUCCGGAAAGUUGUUUGCAAACUCAACGAGCAGUACAUUGGCUCCAACCAACAUGACUCUCAGGAGUUUUUAAGUUUCCUACUUGAUGGAAUCCACGAGGAUCUCAAUCGGUUAAUCGUGAAGCCGACCUUUACGCGGACACCGGAACAGGAGGCCGAACUUGAGCGACUGAGUACACAGGUUGCGAGUGAACAAGAAUGGCGUCUUUGGAAGACGCGCAAUGAUAGUAUCAUCGUCGAUUUCUUCCAGGGUCAGUUUAAGAAUCGCGUGCAAUGUUUGACAUGUCUGACGACAUCAACCACGUAUAACGUGUUUUCCAUCCUUCAACUACCAAUUCCACAUGGAAGAAGCUCCAAAGUGCCGUUGCAAAGCUGUUUGGAAGCGUUCUUCAACACCGAGACACUGGAGAAGGAGGAUGCCUGGGAUUGUCCGAAAUGCAAAGCCAAGCGACGAGCAACCAAGCAGCUUUCUCUUGCACGCCUUCCCCCCGUUCUGGUCAUACACUUGAAACGAUUUGAAAUCAAUGGUCGGUUUUCCGAUAAGGUCGACACAUUCGUGGACUACCCUGUUAGAUCGCUCGACUUGACCAGUUACAUGCCCCCUCCUCUUCCUCCUGGGGCAGACAAGGGCCGUAUGAUCGUGGCGCCAGACGAUCCGAGGUCACAAGUGCCGCCAUAUCGAUAUGACUUGUAUGGGGUCACAAAUCACACGGGGAAUUUAUCUAGUGGACACUAUACGGCCUUCAUAAUGGAUCGUGACGGGUGGAAGUCUUGUGAUGAUAGCAGCAUCCGACCAGUCGACGAGAAGCAGGUAGUCAAUCAGAAGGCCUAUGUCCUGUUCUACAAACGCAGCAAGAACGUCAUGUAA